AAUUAAUUUAUCGGUUCGGAUAUAUCCGUGAUGUAACCAUUCGUCAAAGCAGUGUCCUCCCUCUCUACUUCUUUCCUUCUCCAUUGAUGAUCAGUCACAGUCGACAACACCUUUGAAGCCAUUGCGACACCUUCAAAAGGUAUUAUAGUUUCUACUUGAUCAAAUCUUACUUAUCAAUUCUGAUUAUUACUACAUAGAUUCAGAUUUUUUUUGUUAAUUCAUCUUUUCCUGCUUUUUCUUCUGUCCUUCUGUCCGAUUCAUCUUCUUUUUACAUGUUUUGUUCUACUUCAGUACUUCACACUAUUAAAGAAUCAGCAGAGUUAAACGUUCUUUUGAAAUUAUUACAUGCAUUUCCGAAAUCACACCUGAUUUGAUCUUACCUCAAGCCAAUUUAGACCCUUUUUGUAAUUUGGAGCAGCGAUCUCGUUUGAACUUCGAAACGAAGAUCACCGUUUUUGGUAGAAAGAAACAAUGGAUUCUGUCCUCGAUGAACCUGUGGUUGAUGCAGAAACCGAUAGAUUAAGCAGCUUACCUCACGAUCUUAUUCAUCAUAUUCUCUCUUUCAUGGACAUGAAAUACGCUGUUCAAACAUGCGUCUUAUCUUCAAAAUGGAAGUUCAUCUGGACUACCCUUACCCAUAUCAAAUUCUCAACUUCCGAAUUCCAACAAUUAGGUCAAUUUAUAAGAUUCGCAAGACACGUUAUAGCUAAUCGCAAUGAUCAAACCGAUGUUUCCUCACUUGAUUUCAGUUUCGAUGGAACACUCAGCCAGAUUCUCGUCAAAGUCCUUCUAAAUUACGUGGUAUCUCACAACAUUCGUAACCUAAACAUCUCCACUUUCGAAAGAGACAGAAAACUCCCAAAUUGUAUCUUCGAAUCCCAAUCUCUCAAACACUUCACCCUAAAAAACAUCCAUGAAGAUUACUGCAUCGCACCACAGUAUCCUUGGGAUCUUCCAAAUCUAACCACUUUACAUCUCAACGACUUCGUAAUUACUGAUGGAAGAAAUGAAAAUCACGAGUACCUUGAUCUGUUCUCCAAGUGUGUAAAUUUGAAGAAACUGAGUAUCACCGAGUGUUACAUGGCGGAAGUGAAGGUUUUUAAGGUGUGUGCUCCAAGACUUGAGGAUCUGACUAUAACGGAUUGUUUCCUUAACAAGCUUUUCAUCUCAGCAUCUAAUCUCCAAUCUUUUGUCUAUGGUGGUGAGUGCCCUUUGUGUCUUUUAACAAAUGGUUUCCAGAAUCUAGAGAAAGUGGAUCUUCAUCUCCCUAUGCCAAAUCCACUUUCUGAUUUUAAGAAGGAAGAUGCUUUCCAGCUUUUAAAGGGGUUAUCCAUGUAUCGGGAUGUACUAUCAUAUCAACCUUCACCAUUCAACAACUUGAAGCAUUUAAAUAUACGCCAAGUGUCUCACAGAGGGAAAUAUUCCAUGUUGAUAGUGCCUAAUCAUGUCAAAAACUACUUCCUUAAUAGCUCUCCAAAUGUCACUAUUACAACGGAAGUACCUAAGAUCAAAGAACUAGGUAUUGGAUCUUAUUAUGAGGCAGAUCAAAUAAUCAAUUUCGAUAUUUGACAAUCGUGCUUGGUAUUUGUGUCACAUUGAAGCUUUAUGGUUAUUUGUUUUAUUUGAAGUGCUUGUCUAAAAGUCUUGUGAUUGUGAGUAUCUAUGAAUAAAAAUGUGAAUAUUUAUGAUGUUUGGAUGAUGGAAAACUUGUUUUGCAACACAUGCAAGUAAUGCCAAUAAAAAAGUAGUUCAUGGG